AUGACAUUGAUGUUGUGGAUCACCGUUGCACUCCUCUUCUUCCUGGUCUCCCCUGCAACUUCAACUGAGGAUGGUGCAAGUGCCUCCACGAAACGGAGACGUCAGCAAAUUGUUGCACGUCAUGGCGCAGUUGCUGCUGAUGAUGGCCGAUGUUCGACGAUUGGGUUGAAUGUUCUCCGGCACAGAGGUCAUGCCGUCGAUGCAGCGGUGGCUGUUUCCCUUUGCUUGGGGGUUGUAAGCCCAGGAUCAAGUGGCUUAGGUGGAGGAGCCUUCAUGCUAUUCAGAGAAGCAAAUGGGAAAGCACACGUGUUUGACAUGAGGGAAACAGCUCCAAUGAAAGCUUCCCAGAACAUGUAUGCAGGCAAUGCUAAUCGCAAAGCCAAGGGUGGUCUCUCCAUCGGAGUGCCAGGGCAACUUGCAGGCCUUCACCAAGCUUGGAACCAACAUGGAAGGCUUCCGUGGAAAAGACUGGUGAAACCAGCUGAGAAUCUUGCUCGAAAAGGGUUCAAAAUUUCUCCAUAUCUCCACAUGCAGAUGGAAAGCUCGAAAUCAGCAAUCAUGGCAGAUAAGGGGCUUCGAGAAGUCUUCACAUCAAAUGGGGAUCUUUUGAAAGUGGGAAGCUGGUGGGAUACUGACAAUAACUGA